GCAAGCAAGCAAGCAAGCCAGAGUCAGCCGCGGCGGCGGAGGAGAGGCGAGAGCGCAGGGGCCCCCCGCCGCAGCCGAGCAGAAGGAACCACUGCAGAGGAAAAAGGGGGAAGGAGGAAGGGGGGAAAAAAGGGAGGAGGAGGAGGAGGAGAAACAAACCUUUCAAAAAAUAAAAGAAAAAGAAAGAUCUAAUCUGUCACAUUCCAACAUUUUCAUGGAGAUCACAACCCCCCUGCAAGGAGAGGAGCACCGGGGCUCAAUUGACCUGAGACCCUCGCAUCAAAAUGCUGAUAGUCGAAAAGACAACUGACUACCCGGCCGCCGAGUACUCUCUGGUGGAGGAUGUAGCCCUCCACUUCACGUGUUUGAUGGACAGACUGAACGAGCAGCGCCUGUUUCAACCGGACCUGUGCGACGUGGACAUCGUCCUGCUGCAGCACAGGAACGUCUUCCCGGCUCACAAGGGGGUCCUGGCCGCCUACAGCCACUUCUUCCACUCCCUCUUCACCCAGAACAAGCAGCUGCAGCGGGUGGAGCUCUCCCUGGAGGCCUUGACCUCCCAGGGCCUCCAGCAGAUCCUCAACUUCAUCUACACCUCCAAGCUCCUGGUCAAUGCCUGCAACGUGCAGGACGUCCUGAACGCGGCCGCCGUCCUGCAGAUGAGCGACAUCGCGUCCUCCUGCCAGGAGCUGAUCAGCACCAGGUCCCUCGGUUUAGCCAUGGCCAGCAACAUGGCGCUGCCUCCGGACAGCUGCGGCAAGGGCGUCCCGUCGCAGUACUACUGCAACAUCAAGCAGGAGAUGGAUCCGGCGCCGCAUCCCAAGAUCUACGCCCGGGAAGGGAACGACCCCUACUCGGUGCGGGUUGAGGAUGGCGCAGCGUGCGGGGGCAACCAGAACCUCCCCGCCGUGGCUGGCAAGAAGUAUUACAAGGAGGAGAAAGAUGGCGGCCCGCCCAUCUGCAAGGUGGAGGGCGAAGAGCCCGGCGUGGCCCUGGGCAGCCAAAGCUCUUACAACCGGGGAGAGCAGAUCAUCGUGGAGGUCAACCUCAACAAUCAAACCCUCAACGUCUCAAAAGGGACGGAGGGGAAGUCCCCGGCCACCGACCAGACGGCCGGCAUCACCGCGGUGAUGGGGCGGCCCGAAGGGGAAGGGCAUGGCGCGGACGAGGAUGGCGAGGAGGAAGAGAAUGGGGAAGGAGAGGAGGAAGAGGAUGACGGCGAGGUGGGGGAGGAGGAGGAGGAAGAGGAGCACAGCGAAGAGGAAGAGCUGGAAGAUACCACCGAGGAGGAGGACGAGGAGGAGGAAGAAGACGGCGAGGAAGUGGCGGAGAUCAAGAGGGAGAGGUCUGGGCCGCCCCAUAAGGCCAGCAGGCCCUCCAAAGCGGCCCAGUCGGCCGCGUCCAACAGGUCCCAGGAGACGGUUUCCGUGGCGAUGGAAGACGAGGAAGCGGAGGAAGCGGAGGAGGAAGGGGAAGACCAGAGAGGCCGGAAGAGGAAGAAGGAGCCGGACGGGGUGGGCCAGAAGGUGAAGCUUGAGGAGAAGCAGCAUUACCCCUGCAAGAAGUGCCCCCGGGUUUUCAACAACCGCUGGUACCUGGAGAAGCACAUGAACGUCACCCACAGCCGCAUGCAGAUCUGCGACAAGUGCGGAAAGCGGUUUUUGCUGGAGAGUGAACUGCUUCUGCACCACCAGACGGACUGCGAGAAGAACAUCCAGUGCAUCACAUGCGGGAAAGCCUUCAAGAAGCUGUGGUCUCUCCACGAGCACAACAAGAUAGUCCACGGCUAUGCAGAGAAGAAGUUCUCCUGCGAGAUUUGCGAGAAGAAGUUCUACACGAUGGCGCAUGUCCGGAAGCACAUGGUUGCUCACACCAAGGACAUGCCGUUCACCUGUGAAACAUGUGGGAAGUCGUUCAAGCGAAGUAUGUCUUUGAAGGUGCACUCUCUGCAGCAUUCAGGGGAGAAGCCUUUCAAAUGUGAGAACUGCAACGAGAGGUUCCAGUACAAGUACCAACUCCGCUCUCACAUGAGCAUCCACAUCGGUCACAAGCAGUUCAUGUGCCAGUGGUGCGGGAAGGACUUCAACAUGAAGCAGUACUUUGACGAGCACAUGAAAACACACACAGGCGAAAAGCCAUAUAUCUGCGAGAUCUGUGGGAAGAGCUUCACUAGCCGGCCCAACAUGAAGCGCCAUCGCCGGACGCACACGGGGGAGAAGCCCUACCCUUGCGACGUCUGCGGGCAGCGCUUCCGCUUCUCCAACAUGCUCAAGGCGCACAAGGAGAAGUGUUUCCGGGUGAGCAACCCUGUGGCCUCGGACCCCAACGGCAACAACGCCAUCGGCCUCGCUGCUCCUCAGGCCGCCGGCUCGCCUCACCAGACCACGGGCGUCCCGCUGCACGGCCCGCCACAUUCCCAUGCGCUCCCUUUGCCCCUCAUGCAUGUGCACGCACAGAGCAUCCCUCCUCCGCCGCUCUUGCCACCACCGCCGCCUCUCUUCCCAGGCAGCAGGGUGAACUUGAACAACUAGGCCCUGCCCGAGCUGUUGAGCGUGCGGGUACAGAACCGGCCUGUAAUCCAGUAAGUGCCCAGCAGGUGUCAGUCACGAACGUCAUUGGCAGCCGUUGGUUCAGGUUUUUCUUCUUUAACAGGGCCUGGUCUAUUUGCCUCCAGCUUGAAGAGGUUGAGGUUCUCAACUCUGAGCAGGAGGACCAAGCCAACUUUGCUGCUUGAGUUGCAUAGAAUUUGAAGGUUAUAUUAUGCUUUCUUUGCGUGUGUAAGGCUGUAGACCAAAUGCCGCCGCCGUCCUUUAUUCUCUUUUUUUGCUCUGAAGAUCUUGGGAUGUGCUAAAGGCUGUUGUUGGGUUUUGAUGGCUCGAAUGAGAGCAUUUUCCACGUCUGGUGGAGAGGAGAGGUGAGCACAUAACAAGAGUCCAGCUGACUCAGUCUAUCUAGCCUAGCAUCCUGUUCUCGCAGUGGCCAACCAGUUGCCCUAAGGCGAAGCCCCUGAGCAGUACUCUCUCCCCAUUUGCCAUUCUCAACAACCACUUUGCAUAUGGCGUCCCUCCCUGGAAGUGUUUCCCUUGAACCUGUGGCCUUCUGGGUGUGGCUGGAAACCACCUCCCUUCACUCCCGACCCACUAUGGGUCAUCAGUACUUGGAGGGCCAGAAGGUCCCUUGUCUUCCACCUUGGAGCUUGGUUGGGGCUGAGAAACUUUCAUGCAAGCCAACGAGCUUGGAAGAGAACCCAUUGCGCCUUCUCGUUUUUCUCUCUAAAGGAAUGGGGGAAAGUGAAACCUCCUCUCGCAGUUGAGCUGCGGGGAAGUAGCAAGUCCGGGGUGUGGUCGAUGCCACGAUUUGUGGAAGUGGCUGGAUGUUGUGUCCCCCCCAGAGGCCAGCUUUCCAUUCCUUAAGAGCCCAGGAAGCUGCCUUCAUACCAAAACAAGACCUGUGUCCAUCUAGUUCAAUAUUGUCUACACUAACUGGCAGCAGAUCCCUAGAAUUUCAGACGGGGAGUCUCUCCCAGCCCCACCAGGAGAUGCCUUGGGGGAUUGAGCCCGGGACCUUCUGCUUGUAAAGCAGAUGCUCUAACCCAGGCACCCCCAACCUGUGGCCCUCCAGAUGUUUUGGCCUACAACUCCCAUGAUCCCUAGCUACAGGACCAGUGGUCAGGGAUGAUGGGAAUUGUAGUCCAAAACUUCUGGAGGGCCGAAGUUUGGGGGUGCCUGCUCUAACCACUGAGCCUCCGGCCCUUCCUCCCCUUUCUCCAUCUUUUCGGUAUCAGCACGACUUGUGACUUCCCAUUCUCUGCUGCUCGAGGGACCCGUUCCUCCCCGUACAAUGGGAGAGACGAGGCUCAACCUCGUUGAUGGUCUGUGAAAUUGCACCAGAGGAGAAGAGGCCUUCUCUUGAUUUCCCUCUUGGUGCACAGACCCCCCUCUCACCCUUACAUGGAUUUAAGACAAGCAGGCUCUAUGGAAGAGUCUUUGUGUACCCGAGAAACGGAAAUACGGGCACAGGGGCAAACCGGCACUUGAUCUACAGCCUUCUGUUAAUUCAAGUAAUUUGUCAGUGGGCUAAUGCACUAAGCAAACUCCGUUAAGGUCGUACCUGCCUACUUUCUCCUCUGCCAAAUGCUUCUGAGCUGGCCUGGGGAAGGAUCACUGGCCUUUUUUUUUUUGUAACAUAAAGAAUUUAUUAUUUUAACCUUUUUGCACUUUAUUAAUCCAUCGUAGUAACUCUUCCUCGUUUGGAUGCUGGUAAGGUAUUCCGGACUCUGUUGCGGGCUAAUGAAAUUAGCAGGCCAGUUUGCCCACCUCCCACCGCUAAGCCGGUUCUGUUCAUUUCAAAGACAAGACGCCUCAUUCAAGCCCUACGGAAAACAGGCAGAACCUGAGCAGCCGCAAAAAAAAAAAGACACACACAUGCGCAUGGACAGGUC